AUGCAUCCGGUGCGUAGAAAGCGUUCUCCGAAAAUCACUGAACAGCAGGAUCAGAAUGGCUGCGUUGAAAAGCAACAGAUGCACGAUACCGAAUCGGGUGAUUCUGUGAGGCACAUAGGAGAUGGAGGCGAUGAUGGAUGCAGUAAAAGCAUUGGUGAAUUCAUAGCUAAUCGCAUGUUUUCGGCGAAACGACAUAAGAAUCGUUCAGCGUGGAAAAGGAAAACGAAAAAACAUAAAGCGGAUGUCGAGCAAUUGCAUGUACUGGCAUUGAUUGUGCAAAGGUGUUGGGUGGAUUUAGCUGUGGCGCGGAACGAUAAAGCUUCAUUGAGUCGUCUAUGGGAGUGGAGUGUACAGAAUAAGUUGGAAGCAAAUCUCUUGGAAAGUCGACGUUUGAAAAAUAUUUUCGCCACCAAAAUCGGUCAAGCGACUUCCAAGGAAUAG